GUCUUCCAGGCCGAUCAGUUGCUGUCUUUGAUCACCCCUCCCACCCCGGGGUCAUGUCACUGGCGCCGACUCCGGUGACCGGUAGCCCAGCCUAGCCCGGCGCGGCGGCGCGUGCUCCCGGCAGCGGCGGCGGUGGCAGCGGCGGCGCCUCAGUUUGUCGGUUGGAGAGCCGAGGGGAGGUGUGGCCGGCCGGAGCUCCCUGGACGAAUAGCGCGGACCGGCGUGCGGGCCGAGACGAGCGAUUGUGACGAGUGGUGGACCGGUGGGUGACCGCCGUGCUUUGCGGUGACGAGUGCUGAGGGGUGGUGUCCGACUGAGCGCACUGCACGGUGACAAGUCAGACGUGAGAAGCGGACCGUGUGAAACGCACCGGUUACCGAUACCCCGGCACGUGAGAAACGUGACUAGACUGAGUGAGGCUGCUAUGUAGAGUGAUUCAGUCACAUUAAUUGGUAUACAAACUACGAACGGUUUCUUAGGUUAUUUGGACAGCGAGCUAUUCUGAAACUGUUCUCACGACGGGGAAGUCCCGUUGAGGCUGCAGGGAAGCUUCAGUGCUGUCUUCGGACCGUGAGUAAAUGGAAGUGACCUGUGUGUGGGUGAGUUAGGAUCGGUACUGUGUGAGUUUCAACCAAAGUUGAGCUAAGCCUGCUGAGUUGAGUUUGAUAAACUGACGAGCCUCAACAGCGGGUGCUGUGAUUCACCGAGUGAGUGAAGGCGUUCGCUCGGAUACUGAGAGUGAGAGAGGGAGUUUACUCGGCCACUGAGUCCAAGUGACGGAGUUUCGGUCCGUGUCCACCGGACGGUGGCGGUGUGUCCUGAGCUGCAGCCGAAGCUCAGCCAGCUUCUGGCGGUGUGUGUGAGUGAGCCGCUGCCAUGCACCGUGACCAACCAAACUCAGCUGAGUUGGCGGCCUCCGAGCAGGCCCGCAAACUCAGCACCCUGGACACACUGGCCGGCAAAAUAUCGCCGCAGAACGGAGCCGACCCGGAGCCCGCCAAGUCGAGGACCGGCUCGGUGGGCCUGGGUCACAGCAGGAUACCUGAGGUCACGGCCCGCGACCACCCCGACCCAGACGCCAUCAAAAUGUUCGUCGGACAGAUGCCCCGCCAUAUGGACGAGAACGACAUCCGGAGUAUGUUUGAGGAGUUCGGUCCCGUCCACCAGAUCAACGUACUGCGCGACAAAAUCACCGGGCAGAGUAAAGGCUGCUGCUUCGUGACGUUUUUCACGAGAAGGGCUGCUCUAGAUGCUCAGAAUGAGCUUCACAACAUCAAAACUUUGCCUGGGAUGCAUCAUCCCAUACAAAUGAAGCCGGCCGAUACAGAGAACAGAAAUGAACGGAAGCUAUUCGUCGGCAUGCUGAGCAAGAAAUGCAACGAGAACGACGUGCGGACAAUGUUCCAGACCUAUGGCCAGAUUGAAGAGUGUACUGUGCUGCGAGACCAAAAUGGUCACAGUAAAGGAUGUGCAUUCGUAACGUUUGCGUCCCGGCAGUACGCCAUUGCUGCCAUCAAGGGCAUGCACCAGGCACAAACUAUGGAGGGCUGUUCGGCGCCUCUAGUCGUCAAGUUCGCCGACACGCAGAAGGAGAAAGAUGCCAAACGGAUACAGGGUCUGGCCACCAACCUGUGGAACACGUCUGGCGUCAACUCGGCCGCCCUCAACCCGCAGUACCUCGCGCUCCUGCAGCAGCUGAACACAGGCAACAACCUGGCGUUGUCACCCAUCGGAGGCAUGGGCGGCCUCUCCACAUCGCCACUGCUCUCAUCAGGGCUUUCAAAUGGCCACGGUCUGCAGAGUCUGGCCGGUCUGGCGGGCUCCGGAAUGACCCUGGGUCACAGCACGGGCGGCUCCACCACCGACCUGUCCAAUUCGGGUCUCCAGUCGCUCAUGGGCGGCCUGCAGGGAUCGGUACCCAGCACGCUGGCCCAGUCCAGCCCCGUCUCCUCACUGCCGGUGACGUCACUGGCUCUCGGAGCCGGCUCUAUGACGUCACUGAACGGCCUGGGCGCCGGCUCCGGCCUGGAGUCCCUCGGCGGCUUCUCGGCGCUACAACAGUAUGCAGGGUACCCGGCGUACACGCAGAACGCGCUGGCGGCGGCGAGCAACGCGGCCGGUCGGCAGAUGGAGGGUCCGGACGGCUGCAACCUCUUCAUCUACCACCUACCGCAGGAGUUCACCGACUCCGACCUGGCGCAGACCUUCCUACCCUUCGGCAACGUCAUAUCGGCCAAAGUCUUCAUCGACAAACAGACCAACUUGUCCAAGUGCUUCGGCUUCGUGUCGUACGACAACCCGAGCAGUUCCCAGGCAGCCAUUCAGGCCAUGAACGGCUUCCAGAUCGGCACCAAGCGGCUCAAAGUGCAACUGAAACGCUCCAAAGAGGCCUCGAAGCCAUAUUAGCCGCCGGCCGAGUAGUGCAAAUUGGCUAGGUGGCGUGUGUGACCCCGUCUGUCUGCGCCACACAGUGCCAGUGCCGGCGCCCCGGCCCCGGCCCCGGCCCCGGCCCCGCUCCGUCCCAAGCAGGACGGCCCCGCGCGCGCGCCACGCUCGUGCCACGUGCCACGUGCGCUCGCCUGCGCGCGCUGACUGCCCGGCGCAGCCCUGUUAUAGCUCUGCCGCAAACGGUGGCUCAGUGGCGCCAUGCUUUGUUGCCAUGAAUGUACAUUUUGUAGUCCUGUUUAUUGAGUUUUGUGUUUGUCGGCUGUUCGUUGUUUUAUGUUUUACCGUAAGGCGGCCGGGAGAGACGACAGCCGAGAGGAUGCCAAAGGAACAAAACUUGACAUUCUUUCCACUUUAAGUCUCAUUUUUGCAAGAACUUUAUACCAACUUUUACAAGAACUUUUUACAAGUCUGAACGACGAAUCAUGCUUAGUUCUAGGCUAAACGUAAUAGAUCUCCCAAAAUUAUUGAAGGUCGCUUCCCUUCAUAGGGCUAUAUUGCAAUAAACCGACUUCUAAAACAUAGUAAGUUGUUGUUUGUGUACAUUUUAACCCCUGAUCUUUUGAUAACGAGCUGCUAUUUUAAUUAACCAGCAAUUACUGGUCCUCCUUGUCCCGUGUCUUCCGGCCGCCGCUUGUAUGGGCUUUGUAGUGCUAGUUGAAUCUUUGUGGGUGUCGCUACAGCUUUGUGUUUAGUUCUCGUUUUACCCUUUUCUGCCUGUAAAUGUUAAGUUUGUCAGCGUUUUAUGUGGCAUGUAUGUCUCACAGAGAGCGCUAUCGGUUUUUACCCGUCCUCUGUUGUUGAGAGGCGCUACGAUACAGGGUCAGAGUACGAAUUUGACGUGAAUCAUGAGAACAAAUAGCCGGUAAAUGUUCGUCUCUCAGAGUCGUCAGACGAUCUAUCAUACCAAAUAAGCUAAACGAGGGUGUGGCAUCCUGUCAGCGUUCUCCGUAAGCCAGUCGCCUGUCGCGCGCAGCAUACGGAAUCACCUGGCGGUGGUCUCUGAGGCUGCUGCUCGCGACGGAGGUGAAUUGUUCUGAGCGGAGGUACUGCUGAUUGGCCAGGCUUUAUAGCUUUGGCGGUACCAGUUUCCGUGUCCCACGUCUCCCAGGCUGAGCAUCCUAUGUCACCUGCGCUUUUUCUGAUCCGAAGCCUCUUGCACCAAAAUACCUAGCUAGGUACAAUCGGCAAAGUAUAGUCAUAGAAACUUUCAUACGACAGUAAAUUAUCUUGCAACAACUUCCUAACCCAAACAUACAGUUGUUGGGGAGAAUUUCAAGGCGAAUUGUCACAUUUUUCAAGGCAGGCAGAGUUUUUCGAGUGUGUGUCCGGUGCAAAAGAAUCUAAGUGAAUCACAUCGCAAUUUACCGCAAUUUACCACCAAAAUAUGGAGUAUUUUGGUGCCUGAUGCUUCUGUUUUCAUUUCGCUAAAAGAGCAUCUUUACGAUUUUAUGGAUCUCCAGCUCUAUCCAUAAUUCCAUCUGAUCCAACGUUGCGAAAAACAAAGUAAAGUGCCCUCCUCUCCCGAUCUGCCCCGAUCCUUGAUCUUGUCGCUGCCGUUGGCGAGAGCGCAUCAACAUGUGAUUGAAUCUCGCACUGGGCAUUGCAGGCCCGCCGUACGGCCGGGUCGGCCCCCUGAAGACACGAUAAUAUUACCUCGCCAACGCCAGAGCUAGUGCUAGUCCAUUUAUAUACCGUGCGACCUUGAGGGUGGUGACAGUGUUCUGCAGCUAUCAUGGUAGUGGCAGGUCUACACGAUGCAUUGUGAUUUGCCCGUGACAUGCGUUUGUGUACAUUGAAAGGGAUUAUAUAUAAAUAUGGAGAAGAA